GAAUUACACCCCCGCCCUACUCUAAAUUUGGGAACAUCCUGCGGGUUAUUGAGAACCGUGAGAGGGACCGGACAAACAGCCAAUCACUGCCAGACGGUCUCUUAGCUACCGGCCCGUUAGCAUAUUCUCUCUCACACUCCUUAGAUAAGCUUUUGAGCUAGCUUUACAUGUGCAUUUAAGGUCGCGUGCUCAGAAGGAAAUGGCGGAACGGAGUCGGGUAGCGAAUAGUGCUUUUUUACUUCGGAGUCAUAGUAGGAAAGAUUCAUUCACUUGGAUUGUACUUUUAUUCCUCGUCAACCUUAUUCCAGCUCAAAAUAUCGAAGAAAUUGAUUUUUCUUCCCAGCGGGGGACGCCCAGUCGAUGUUAUGAUGACGAGGGUCGACCCCAACAAUGUGUGCCAGAAUUUAGCAACGCUGCCUUUGACGUGCGCGUGGAAGCGACUAACACGUGCGGAAUGCGCGGACCCACGGAAUAUUGUCUUCAGACUAGUGCAACAGGAGCGAAAAAGGCGUGUGAAAUAUGCGACAAUUCUUAUCCUCAGCUCGCUCAUCCACCAGACUACCUGACGGACUUGAACAAUAACAACAACGAAACCUGGUGGCAGAGUGAAACCAUGUUUGAAAGGAUUCAGUACCCGACACAAGUAAAUUUAACUCUACACCUUGGUAAAGCCUUUGACAUCACAUACGUUCGUCUAAAGUUUCAUACCAGUAGGCCUGAGAGUUUUGCUAUUUACAAACGCACAAGUGAAGAUACACCUUGGAUUCCUUACCAGUAUUACAGCGCCACCUGUAGGGAAACAUACAAUCUUCCCGACAGCUCGUAUGUCAGCAGGGAUGACGAGACGAGGGCAUUGUGCACAUCCGAAUUUAGUGAUAUAUCGCCGCUUACAGGAGGAAAUGUAGCAUUCAGCACUUUGGAAGGGAGACCCAGUGCUUACUAUUUUGAAAAUAGUCCAAUUUUACAGGAAUGGGUAACUGCCACAUCAAUACGGAUUUCUUUGAAUCGGAUUAAUACAUUUGGUGAUGAGAUAUUUGGUGAUCCCAAAGUUCUAAAGUCGUACUACUAUGCCAUCAGUGACUUUGCGGUAGGAGGAAAGUGUAAGUGUAACGGACAUGCUACCGAAUGUGUCGUCACUGGAGAAAGACUUGAAGAGCAAAGAUUGGUUUGCCGUUGUCAUCACAACACCACGGGACCUGAUUGCAAUGAAUGCUUACCAUUUUACAAUGAUCUACCAUGGGCAAGAGCUACGGCCGCCAAUGCUAACGAAUGCCAACCUUGUAAUUGUAACGGCAGAUCCAAUAAGUGUUACUUUGACAAACAGCUUUAUGAACGCACGGGACAUGGCGGACAUUGCAUAGAGUGCACUGAUAACACUGAUGGGCCACAUUGUGAGAGAUGUAAAGAAAACUUUUACGAGCGAGAUGAUGGAAGAUGUGUACCGUGCAACUGUGAUUCAACAGGUUCUCGUAGUUUACAGUGCAACCGGCAGGGUCAUUGUCAAUGUAAACCUGGGGUAGAUGGGGAAAAGUGUGAACGUUGUGCAUCCAACUAUUACGAUUUCAGUUCACAAGGAUGCAGGCCUUGUGGCUGUAACUUAGCUGGAAGUGUGAACAAUGAACCAACCUGUGACCCUGUAACUGGAAUAUGUCAAUGUAAGGAGAAUGUGGAAGGACAACAUUGUGACAGAUGUAAACCUGGAUUCUUCAGCCUGCAAGAAGUGAAUGAAUUUGGGUGUCUUACUUGUUUCUGUUAUGGUCAUUCUUCGGUAUGUAGAAGUGCCCCUGGUUAUUCAAAAAUUUCUAUUGAAAGUUCUUUCACCAGAGGGAAAGAAAACUGGAAAGCUCAGCUUCAUUCAGGUGAAGAGGUUGGUUUUCAGUAUAAUGCCAUUAUUCAGAAUAUAGGAGUGGAAUCAUCAGGGAUAGACUCAGUGUACUUUUCUGCUCCUGGUCGAUAUUUGGGUGAUCAGAAAAGCUCAUAUAAUCAGUUCCUCCAUUUUACCCUGAGAAUUGGUGAUAAUGUGCCUCAAGCAACAGUGGAAGAUAUCAUUUUGGAAGGUUCAGGACUUACAAUAUCACAACCAAUAUUUGGCCAAGGAAAUCCAUUACCAAAUGUUAAGAAUCAAGAGUACAGAUUUCUACUUAACGAACAUUCCAUUUAUGGCUGGAACCCUCGGAUAGGCGCCCUGGACUUCAUUAGUAUUUUGUCAAACUUAACAGCUAUCAAGAUCAAAGGAACAUACUCGGCAGAUGGAGCUGGAUUUCUGGAUAACGUACAGCUUGACUCAGCUCAUCGUUCACCAGUUGGAUUUGAAGCUACUUGGAUAGAGAUGUGUACGUGCCCUGAUGGCUAUGUUGGCCAGUUCUGCGAGUCCUGUGGGCCAGGAUUUCGACAUGAUCCACCUGGUGGUGGCAAGUUUGCACGUUGUGUCCCAUGCAAUUGUAAUGGUCAUGCUCAGUACUGUGAUUCUGAAUCAGGACGUUGCAUAUGUGAACACCACACUGCAGGUGAUAAUUGUGAACAUUGUGCUACUGGUUAUUAUGGAAAUGCCUUACAGGGUACCCAUGAUGACUGCCAGCCUUGUCCCUGUCCAAAUAAUGGUGCUUGUGUGAUCCUUCUUGAUGAGGAAGUUGCUUGCCUACAGUGUCCAACAGGCUAUGCUGGACACAAGUGUGAUCUUUGUGUUGAUGGUUACUUUGGUGAUCCAAAUGGACAUUAUGGAGGUUCAAGACCCUGUGAGAGCUGUGAGUGUAAUGAAAAUAUAGAUUUGAAUGCUGUUGGGAAUUGUAACAAGACAACUGGAGAGUGUUUAAAGUGUAUAUACAACACAGGAGGUCCCCAUUGUGAAACCUGUCUUCCUGGUUACUAUGGUGAUGCCCUGGCAGUGCCCAAAGGAGAUUGCAAAGCUUGCAACUGUUAUCCACCUGGGACACUACUUGAAGCUGUUGAUAAUGGAAUUCUCACGUGUGACCUGGGAAGUGGUAGAUGUCACUGUAAACCUCAUGUAACUGGACGUCAGUGUGACCUGUGUGAUGAUGGUUACUGGAAUCUGGACAGUGGAAAUGGCUGUGAGCUGUGUAACUGUGAUCCCAUUGGAGCAUUUAAUAGAACCUGUAAUGUGAGAACUGGCCAAUGUUUCUGUCGUCCAGGAAUUACUGGAAAGAGAUGUGAAUCGUGCUUGCCUAACUAUUAUGGUUAUUCCUUGGAUGGUUGCAUACCAUGUGAGUGCGACCCUGUAGGAUCUACUUCACCACAGUGUGACAGUUCCGGACAGUGUAAGUGUAAGCCUAAUGUUGAGGGCCGACGUUGUGACAGAUGCAAAGAAAACAAGUACAACAAAGAAGCUGGAUGUAUUGAUUGUCCUCCUUGCUACAAUUUGGUACAAGAUGCAGUAAAUGAACACAGAGAUAAGCUUGAUGAGUUGGCCAGAUUAUUGGAUGAAAUCAGAGAAAAUCCUCAAGUUGUUGAUGACGUGGAUUUUGAAAAGAAACUGGAAGAAGUCAUGAGACGUGUUGAUGAAUUACUAGAUGAUGCAAGGAGAGCUUCAGGUGGAGAUGGAAACUUAUUGGGCCAGCUGCAUGAACUGAGAAAGAGGAUUGAGGAUGUGCAGAAAACAGCUGGAAAGGUUGCUGACAAAAUUGAUGAUGCUGGAGACAUCAGUGAAGAAGGGAGACGCAACAUUACACUUGCAGAGGAAGCAAUUAAACGUGCCCAAGAUGCACUAGCAAAUGCUCGCCAACUCCUGGAAACUGAGGGACUGGAUGCUUUAGAAAAGGCCAAGGAAAGAUCAGAUAAAUUUGGUCAGCAGUCCCAUCGUAUGUCUGAAAUAGCCCGUGAGGCAAGACAUAGAGCAGAUCAGCAUCAAGAGGAAGCAGUUGAAAUUGAAAAGUUGGCUGAAGAAGCUUUAAAUACAUCUACAGAAGCUUACCAGUUGGCCAAGGAUACACUCAAUACCCAAGACGAGACUCGAGAUGAAAUCAGAAAAUUGAGAAAUAAAUUAGAUGAUACUGCAGACCUCCUUCAGAGGACAAGAGAUAUAGCAAGAGAAUCACAAGAUGAAGCUGAUAAAGCAUAUGAUGAUGCUCUUGAUAUUUACACAGAUGCUAGUUCUGUAACCAUACCAAACAUUGAUGUGCCAAAAAUGAAAGACCAAGCUCAAGAGAUAAUUGAAGAGGCAAGGAAGAUCAGAGGAAAUGCAGAUGGACUUAUUGAAGAUAACCAACAACUAGUGGAUAAGAUUGAGGAUCAGAAAGAAGAAGCUGAAGAUCUUCUGGCAGAAGGAAUACGACAACAACAGAUUGCUGAUGAAAUGCUAGCUGAUGCAGAUGCUGCUCUGGCUAAAGCUAAGGAAGCUGUUGCUUCUGGUGAUCGAACACUUGAGGAAGCUAACAAAACUCUUGAUACUCUGAAAAAGUUUGACAAGCUGGUUAAAGACAGUAAAGAUGAGGCUGAUGAUGCUUUGGAAAAGGCCCCAGAAAUAGAGAAGUUGAUUGAAGAAGCUGAGGGGAAGACUAAGGAUGCAGAGGAUGCUCUCAGUGGAGCUGGACAAAAUGCUGUAUUUGCUAGAGAUAUAGCUCAAGAGGCACAGAGAAUAGCAGAACAAGCCUCAGAUGAUGCAGAUGGGAUUAGAAAAGAUGCAGAUGAGACUAAGGACAAAGCAGGACAGUUAAGAGAUCAAGCCAAUGACUUAGCUGGUGAAGUGGCCGACACUGCUGCCCGAAUGAAAGACUAUGAAAACCAGGCUGAGAAAGAUGAAGGUUUAGCUGAAGAAGCACUUAAAAGAGCAAACCAAGCAAAGACAAGUGCUACAGAUGCCUCCAAAAAAGUGAAAGGAGCUCUGGAUGCUGUUGAUAGAAUAAUGGAUGCUCUUGAUGAUCUUGAUGACAUUGAUCUUGACCUCCUCAAAGAACUGGAAAAGAGACUGGCUGAGGCAGAAGAUGAACUUAAAGAUCCCAAACUGGACAAACAAAUGAAUGAGCUUCGUAAAGCUCGUAAUGACCAGCACAGGUGGAUGCGAGACUAUGAAAAAGAAAUAGAACAGUUAAAGAAGGAUGUCAAAAAUGUGAAAGAGAUCAAAGAUGCUCUUCCCGAAGAGUGCUAUAAAAGGGUUGUAUUGGAACCUUAAAAAAUUCCUGGUGGCCUUAUAAAUGAAAUCUUCAAUGUCAAGAUAAGCCUUUCAAUGAGGGCUUUGGCUUUGAUUGUAAAUUAACUCUGGUUUAGCAGUUAAAACCAAUUAUUUGGUUUUGAGUUAAAUAAUGUGUUGAAAUUAUACAUGCAUCAUUAUACUAUUACUACACCCAUUGCAAAUCUUGAAAUAGAAAGUAAAAAAAUUUUUUUGUUCAUAGCUAUCAUUGAUCUGCUAAUAUUAUAUGCUUCUGUUAUAAUAGUAACUUUUAUUUCAACCAAAAGUAUGAACCAAAAGUGGAUUCCUCAUUAUUACUAAAUUUCUUAUUUGUUGUAACUCUCCCUAGACUUAACUUUAGACUCUUCUUUAACUUUCUUCUUGUUACUUUUGUCUUUGUAAAAUUAAUUAGAUUUUGCAUAAAUUAUUCUGAUUCUUAUAGUCAUAUUGGAAACCCAAGGGACGGUUCUUUAAGGAUGUUUAAAUCUGUCUUAAACAGUUUUCUCUAAAUGAAAUAAUGGACUAGUAUUUCAGAGCUUAUUGUAGUUAGAUAGAUGUUUACUACUUCUAGAUAGCAAUUUGUACAAUGUCAAGUACUUUGACAUUUUAAAUAUUAAAUAUGACAAUAUUUUGUUUACAUUAUUAAACAUUUCUUAUUACGCCGGUUUAUUUUCCUUCCCUCUACUUUAACAUUGAUAACACUUUAAUAUGCUAGCCUUUUCUAAAACUACUGUACAAAUUUACAAGUAUACAAAUACAUCAUGAACAAGUAUCUUAUGAUGUAUGAAUGUAUACGUAUGUGUAAUUUUGAAUCUUGUGCCUUUGUAUUAAAUGCGUUUACUCGUUAUGUAAAUUGGUUACAUUAUGACAAAGCUUUUGAGUUUAGUAUAAAGUUUAAGGUACCUCCUCAUGUUUUUUUUAUAAUAUAUGAAUUAUGAUAAAAAUUACCUUUUUCGUAUUGCCAUUACUUGUAAGAUUUUGUUUAUGAGGAAACUCAAAUUUCAUUUGAUUAUGUUAUACACUUGAAAACAAAUGAUUUGAAAAUGAGUCCAGUGAACUGGCAGUUCUAGCUCUCUCAAGUCAAAGUUAAACAAAACUCUACACGUGCUAUUGCCAAUUUUUCCAAAUUUGGUGACAAAAAGUUUAUUCUUGUUAUAAAAAAUGGCUAUUUUUAUAUUGUUAAUAUAAAAUUAACAUAACCUGUUGUUUAUAGUUUUUUAUUUUCAUUUCCAUGAGAUACUGGUAAAAAUGAUGAACCUUCUGGGUCAUAGUUUAAUCAAUAUUAAUUCCAAACUUCUUGUUAGCUACUUUUUGGUCAGAGUAAAAUGUGUGAAAAUGAACUAAAUGUUAAUGAGAUUCAGUGUCACAGUCUCUGUAACAUCAACUUUAAAAACUUGGAAAUUGUUUUGUAGCUGUGUAUAUCUGCUUGCCUUGUUAAGGAAAGGUAAUACAUAUAAUUGAUGGAGAAAAUGUCUUAAUAAGUGCAAUAACGUUUCAAAAUAUAUAUGUGUGUGGGUAUGUAUGUAUGUAUGUGAUAACACUGUCAAAUGUUUCCUUUAGUCAUAUUAAUCAUUCAGAUUCUCACACUCUAGAUUAGUGUGGCUAUCUCUUUUUUUUAAUCGUGUUAAUAUCCGAUAUUCAUGUAACAACGUUUAAUGGAAUUUUUUUCUUUAUCUUGAAGAAAGAAUGCAAUUCUGUAACUUUUUGAUGUUUUCUAUCUCUUCCAGUUCAGCGAGGUUUAAGAUGACCAUCUAAAUUAUAUACAUUUGUGCUAAUUUUUUUAUCGUACUCUGUUUGUGUACAACAAAGGAAUAUAAAUAAAUACAUUUUUGUCAA